AUGGUGAAUCUUAGUAAACGGACGCAGUUAUUAAAAACCUUAAAAGAACAAGGGGAGGCUGUACAUUACAGAGGAAGAUCACAGGGCAGUGUAGAUCACGUGACGUGGCUCUGGAGGCACAAAAGACCUGACAUCGUGAGAUCCUGUAUAGGUCUACAUCCACACAACGACAUUUACAUCAUCGACAACAAAGCCUACAGGAAACCAAGUGAACAUCAUAAAUAUUCAGAAUUGGACAGAAGUAUUCUUUACAGUUUACUCUUGUGUGACAAGUACACGAGUGCAGUAAAUGAGGUGGCGUUCAAGUCAAUAUUAAUAAAGGUACGAGAAAGGUAUUUUCAAAGGAUUUCUCCGUCUGAUGAUGUUGAUGUGACAUCCCUUCAAGAUGAUGUUAUGGAAACCCAGAAUUGUGAGGUAACGUUUAUAUCAGACGACAUUCGACAUGACGUCAUGUACGCCUUUGUUACGGAGUGUCUGGUGGAGGACAGUGACCUUGAGUUUUUCCUGACCACGGCGUCACGUGAUGUUAUCUCUGAAUACUGCAGGUCCUGGGGUUAUAAGAGGAGUGAGAGAGAGAGAUGUCUGUAUGUACCGGGCUAUCCAGAGGAGAUGUACGACCUCUUCAUAGACAAACUACAACUGGACAUCAUUACACAUUGCACCGUGUCUGACAGUGGAAUUCGUGACAGGAUCAGUAAACGUUUAAAAGUUCCAGAGGAAAUCCUAAAAUGGGACCAGAAAGCCAGAGAGCGGUAUGUUCAGUACGCCGAGAGAGGGGGAAUACAGAAAGUCCAUCACGCCAGGGGGAUGAUUGUAGGAUGUGCUGGGGCCGGGAAAACAACACUACUGAAUUGUCUUCUCAAGCGAAGUAUGAAGGAAAUAGAGAAUUUGAAGUCAACAGAAGGUCUUGAGGUUCACGAGGAAAUAUUUGAAAUCUGUGAAGAAGAAUGCAUACUAAAAGUUAACAAUAGUGACAAACAUGAAGCAAAUCUAGACACCAAGACCCAAAAAACAAUGAGCGUAUUUGACUUUGGAGGACAGUGUGCGUACUACGCUUGUCAUCAGAUUUACCUGACCAGGAGAGCUUUCUAUGUUGUGGUGGUGGACGCCUCUAAACGUCUUGACCAGAAGGUGGAUAAGUCAGUGUGUGACCAAGAUGGAAGUGUGUUUGCAAAAUGGACUUAUAAAGAUUACUUUCUUUUUUGGAUGAAGUCCGUUCAUACAUACUGUCAUGGCCAUUUACAUAACGACAAAGACAGUGACGUUAUUAUCAUGCUUGUUGCAACACACUGGGAAAAACGUGUUUACAAGGAUGAAGAUGAUUUUCUAGAUAGUUUGCAGAGGGUAUUGCCAGCCAAUUCUAACCUUGUCCAGUACAUCAGAGGAGACAGGUGUUUCUGUACAAAUUUAUUAAAAGACCCAAUAGAUGUCUUUGAAAAAGCCAUAGUACAGAUAGCAGCUAAGGCAAAGUGGAGUGAAAAAAUUCCUUCAGAAUGGAUUUUAACUGACACAUUUCAGAAAGAGAAAUGUAGGCGAGUUAUGAAUCUUGAGGAAAUAAAAAAUCUUUUUAAGCAUCUUGAAGAUGAAAAAUUAGUGCUUGAUCUUGCAAAUGAUAUGUUAAGAUAUUACCACGAUGCUGGGAAAAUUCUUCACUUUGAUGAAGAAUAUCUUAGGAACUCAGUGAUUAUUGAUGUCCAAUGGUUUGUCAAUGCAUUUAAACUUAUUAUCACAGACAGGCAUCAUGUGAAGGGUAUUGUCGCUAAGAGACAAGAUUGGGAGGAAUUUUACAAAACAGGGAAUCUAAAAGAUUCCCUCCUCGAUGACAUAUGGAAAUUUGAAGAUCAAAGUGUUUUGGAUUCUAUCCAAACUAAAAUCUCCUCGAAAAAUACAAAGUUUGAUGAAGACCCCUACUUUCUACUUUACCACAAAAAUCUAUUAUUGUUGUACAUGCAACGAUUAGGUUUGAUAUCUAGUGGGAUCCACACGCAUUAUGUUCCUUCUAUGAAUAAAAAGGACUUUGGAGAAACACAGAAAAAAAUAAUCGUGGGGUCGGAUUCAAAGUCAUCAGUUCUUGUAUACUUGUUCGACUUCUUGCCAUAUUUCUUCUUUUAUCGUUUAGUCGUAGAAUUAAUGCAAACCAAAAAUUGGGAAGUUCUGACGAGUGAAGGUAUUAGUUCUUUGUACAAAGAUGCUGCUAUGUUCAAUCACAAAAGUCAUAAUAUCGCAAUCGCUGUAACUCCAUCUACAAUUCAACUUCAAAUAUUCCAGUCCGGUUCACAAUCGAAAAUGCUCCCUGAAGUGACAUUGUCUAUUCGUAAAAAAAUUGAGGUAAUAUUGCAGAGUGUGACGAAAUCGUUCCACCAAAGUCUAGCAUACGAAGUUGGAUUCAUUUGUGAUGGAGAAGAAGAUCAAAUUUUAGGCAGAGAAAUUGCUUACAACUUUGUUGAGGAAAGCAAGAUGAAAAGUGGAAGAAAUAUGCUUCAGUGGGCAUCAGGAUGGCCAUCAUAUGUUUUCGAAAAGACAUCAACAAGCACCACAUUAAUUGCCAUGGGCAAAGGAGGAGCCCACCAUGAUCAUCUUUGGGAUAUGUUGGACGCAAUUUCCUACUGCCAAGGCAGCGAAACAACGCAGAAGAAAAUAACUGACUUCUUCGAGCAAUAA